AGCCGCACGCACCCUGUCACUCUGUCUCAUCCUUUCCCACAAACCAGAAUAACUGCCAUGCCUUCUCCAAACUGAAAAACCCAACCUUUCUUAAAUCUCUUCUCUGCCAUGCAGAUGUGUGUACCAGUUCGAUCCCCGUCAUGGGUUUCUAGACGAAGACUCUUAGACCAAAAACUCUCAGACCUCCACAGAUGCACAAACCUAAGCCACAUCAAGCAAGUCCACGCCCAAAUUCUCAAAGCCGAUCUCCACCAGGACCUACACACAGCGCCCAAGCUCAUUGCCGCCUUCUCUCUCUGUCGCCAAAUGGCGCUUGCCGUCAACGUUUUCAAUCAAGUUCAAGACCCCAAUGUCCAUUUGUACAAUACUCUCAUCAGAGCUCACAUUCAGAACUCUCAGACCACACAGGCCUUCGCAACUUUCUUUGAUAUGCAGCUCAAUGGGGUUUAUCCAGACAACUUUACUUACCCAUUUCUCUUGAAAGCGUGUUCGGGCAGACCUUGGUUUCCUGUGGUUCAAAUGAUUCAUACCAGCAUCGAGAAAUUUGGGUUUUGUUUGGAUAUCUUUGUGCCCAACUCGCUCAUUGACACUUAUUCCAAGUGUGGGUUGCUUGGUGUUAGUGAGGCAAAGAAGGUGUUUAUGUUGAUGGGUGACAGAGACAUUGUGUCUUGGAAUUCUAUGAUUGGUGGGCUGGCAAAAACGGGGGACUUGGGUGAAGCUCGCCGCUUGUUCGAUGAAAUGCCUGACAAAGAUGCGGUUAGCUGGAAUACGAUAUUGGAUGGGUAUGCGAAGGCGGGGCAAAUGAAUGAAGCCUUUGAACUGUUUGAAAGAAUGCCCCAGAGGAAUGUUGUGUCUUGGUCGACUCUGGUUUCGGGUUAUAGCAAAGCCGGGGAUAUGGGUAUGGCUAGAAUGAUGUUUGAUAAGAUGCCCUUCAGGAACUUGGUUCCUUGGACUAUUAUUAUUUCUGGGUAUGCUGAAAAAGGGCUUGCAAAGGAGGCGAUUAUGCUAUAUGAUCAAAUGGAGGAAGCUGGAUUGAAGCCCGAUAAUGGGGCAAUUAUUAGUAUCUUGUCUGCUUGUGCAGAGUCUGGUUUGAUUGGAUUGGGUAUGAAAGUUCAUGCCUCUAUUGAGAGGACUAGAUUCAACUGUAGUACUCCUGUGUCCAAUGCGUUGCUUGAUAUGUAUGCAAAGUGUGGUAUGUUGGAUGAAGCAUCUAGAGUCUUUCAUGGGAUAGCAAAGAAAGAUUUGGUAUCUUGGAAUGCCAUGCUCCAAGGGUUAGCCAUGCAUGGACACGGUGAUAAAGCGCUUCAGCUUUUCUCUAGAAUGGUAAAAGCUGGGUUUUUGCCAGAUAAAGUUACCUUCAUUGGUGUCUUUUGUGCUUGUACACAUGCCGGCUUUGUGGAGGAGGGCCUUCAAGCCUUCCAUACUAUGGAGAGAGAGUAUGGGAUUGUACCGGAAAUUGAGCAUUACGGUUGUAUGAUUGAUCUUUUGGGUCGUGGGGGGUGUCUCAGGGAAGCUUUUAGGCUUGUGCAUAGCAUGCCAAUGGAACCGAAUGUUGUUAUAUGGGGCACCCUUUUGGGGGCAUGCCGGAUGCAUAAUGAUCCAGAAUUGGCACAGGAGGUGCUUGAUCACUUGGUUAAGUUAGACCCAUCAGAUGCAGGAAAUUUCUCCAUGUUGUCAAAUAUCUACGCUGCAGCUGGUGAUUGGGCAAAUGUUGCUAAUGUGAGGCUGCAAAUGAGAAACACAGGAGUCCAGAAACCUUCAGGGGCCAGUAGCAUCGAGGUCGGUGAUGAGGUCCAUGAAUUUACAGUAUUUGAUAAAUUACACCCUAAAUCCGGUGAAAUAUAUCAGAUGAUCGAGAGACUACGUCAGGACUUCAAGCAAUCGGAUAUGUCAUCAAGGAGUAUUAGCAAUGGGAUACGUGGAUGAACCGCCAGAGAUGGUAAUUAUUUGGUGAGGAUCAGCUAACUCAAACUUGGCCAGAAACACUUCUGCAAGCCUCAUAAUAGAAGAGAUUCUAGAGAGAAACUUCUCACCAAUGUUCUUACAUUAUAAAAGUGUAUACUUGUUGAUAAAUAGAAGGGGAUCGAUUGUAUUUUGUUGCUUCA